GUGACCAUUGUCGAACGAUUGAUUGUACUCUGCAGAUGAGAGAACACUGUCCCAGUGGGUCCGAUGUAUGUGGUCCUUGUAUUCAGGGACUAACAGAAUCCAGCGAUGGAAAAUGCCUGACAACGUCUCCAAAAGGCAAGUAAAUUCCAUCGCUCAGUGUCUGCACUUGCAUUGGGUGUUUGUUCUGUCCCUGUACGGGAUGCGUUGGACUCAUGGUGUACUAUUUUUAUUUGUAACUAGUAGCAUGCCUGGAUAGGUAUGGAUUUGGGGAUUGGUAUUCCUCUAAUUGCUCCCUUCUCUCAAACACCACUCCAACCCUCUGGUACAUUCAAAUCACUUGAUUCCCUUACUCCCCUUUGCGUAUUUGUCCCUCAUCCCUUUGGGUUGUAAGUUUGUUUGGGCAGCACCGUCUUCUCCUACUGUGUGAAACAUGAUUUGUUAGAAGGAAAUGUUUGUCUGGUUUACUAUUGUACUGCGCUGUAGAAUAUGUUGACGCUAUAUGACGCUAUAUGAAUAUUUAUAUAUUAAUCUACAAUACAGCUGAUCUUUAUCGGCUCCCCAGGCAGUCUGGUUAAGCGUCACUUUAAAACAUUUCCAAUAUCAAGAGUCCGAGAAAGUUUACUGAAAAGAAAGUCCACAUUCUGUGUUUUUACUCAAAUCCUGUGUUUAAUUCAUCAUGUUUGAAUAGCUUACCUACUAAACAAGGUCUUUUAUAAACACCAUUAUUAACAAAUAAACAGAAAUUCUAUAGACCUUCAUAUAGACACCAGCAGUCCUUGGCCCCUCUGAUUAGAUUUAUAUGAUGUUUUAUUGGCUCCUGUGGGGAUAUUGUAAUAUACAGAGAAUGUCUCGCAAAUUAUUACUAGAAAUUAUCUCCAUGGUAACCAGCAGAUGCUAUAGAAACCUUAAUCAAAGUGAAAUUAUUUAUACAGAAGUGCACUUCAUUCCCUUUGACAAUGCAUGUUCCUAGUCUGCGGCUCUAAUUCAAGGCUUACAAUGUCAGCGCAGCUAGCCAGGCUUUAAAAAGUUACUAGCCACUGCAAGCCUGGAUGGCCCAUACGCACUUACCAGGGGUGAAUUUCUACUGGCUGGUAGCAAAUUGGAUUGUUGGACCUUGGGUAUAUUAUUAGAGUUUGUCAAAUGGCUCAAUAACUGAAAGUUGGCACUCUCGGCAUCACUCCUGGUACCAUAACCACUAUGUAGGUUAUUAGUAGGGAGUAAUAGUCUAAAGAAAGGCACGCACAGGUUUCGUAAGCAUUGAAUGGAAAUAAUUGGCAAUUGUUCGAUGUCUGUCUGAUUCCGUGCAAUGUGCUGUGGAAGGCCUUCAGCAAUCUAUUAAAGGGUCAACCAAUCGUUGCUUUUCUGCUGUUCAUGUCACGUGUCCCUUGUUCUUGGUCCACGUGGAGAAAUGGCAUGACAUUAUAUCUGUUUUGUGCUGCAGCGUAUGAGUCAUCCGCUCUGCGUGUUGGGAUAAAAAGAGAUCAACUGCACACAGACUGCCUGGCUUAUUCCAUGAAGCAGAAAGCAG